UGUAAGAAAUUUUUUGUCGCAUCGCGCGUGCGUAAAAAUUCUGGUAACUGCUACCGUUCCACCCCUGAGAAAGCCACCGGUGGUUACAUUAAACAUGUAAUUUAGUUGCCUUACGUUGCAAUCAGAUUCUUGGUAGUCCACGGUGCACGAUAGUCGAAUGACUUAUCCAAUCUUGCUUUAAAGACCGUUUGGCAAUAAGUUAAUUUAUAAAUUGUCCACCCGGUAUCUCAGAUUCUUCGUAAUGCCACGCAUUAUCGUCAUCAUAACGCGGAAAAUGCAUGCAAUAAGUUUGUAAUAGCUACUGAAAUAUUCCGGUAAUGGUAGAAUGAUAUAGGAUCGCGCGUAAUCUUUGCAAAUCUGCGUGCACAAAAUCGCAGCGACUACCAAUCGGAAUGGAUUUCUUCAACAAUGAGUACUACAUCACCCGACAUCUAAUGGAGUCGAUCGGUCUGUGGCCGUAUCAAAAGCCAGAACGUCGAAUGGUUCGAGUGCUCUGCGUGUCCUUCAUUCUCAUUCAAACCAUACUACUGCAGUUGGCAACAUUUAUCACGCACGAAUAUAGUACAUCGCUGUUUAUUGAAGUCUUUUCAUUUAGCAUUCUUUGUAUGAUUUAUCUUCUGAAAUAUAAUACAGUGUAUUUUAAUUCUAAUCACGUGAAGAAUUUGUUUGAUCAAAUUCAAUGCGAUUGGAAAUUGAUAAAAAACAUGGACGAACUGAAAAUAAUUAAAAAAUAUGCAUAUAAAACAAGAUUUUAUGCAAUCUUUUCUGGAUCUAUUGUUUAUCCAGGAACAUUUCUCUUCCUUUUAAUUAUAUUUGUACCAGAUUUUCUCGAUCUUAUAAAGCCAUUAGAUGAACCUCGUCAACGACAACUUCCAGUACAAAUGGAAUGCUUUCUCGAUCAAGACAGAUAUUUUUACUUUAUUUCACUUAUCAUUAUAAUAGUCGCUUUUGUAGGUAUGACGGUAAUUAUGGCGACGGAAAACAUGUACAUGAUAUUUGUACAGCAUUCUUGUGCAUUGUUCGAACUUAUCAGCUAUCGCUUAACAUGUGCGUUCGACACAUGCUCAUCGAAAACGACACCCUCAAAAACUAAAUGCAGACUUUGCACUAAGUUGUUAAGUGCUUUUAGCACUCAUCAACAUUGUUUAGAAUUCAUCGAGAAUAUGCAACAUAAAUUUUCGACAUCUUAUUUUGUUCUAUUUGUGUUUGGUGUGGGUUCGGCGAGUGUUAAUAUGUUUCGUUUAUUUGAGGCAGUCACGAUGCUUAAUAUAUUCGAAGCUAUUGCAACCGGUUUAUUUGUAUACGCUCAUAUGGCAUAUGGUUUUUUUAUGAACUAUUUUGGGCAGGAUAUAAUUGACCAUAGCGAGUAUUUUUUUCAACAAAUUUAUAGCACACAAUGGUACAGAGCACCGCUAUACGCCCAGAAAUUAUUACUCAUGACAUUACGACAAAGCACGAAGAACAGCAAGAUAAUCGUUGGCGGCUUAUUUGUUAUGUCGUUAGAAGGUUUAGCCACGCUUGUUAGUAUGUCAUUGUCUUAUUGUAUGGUUAUGUACUCGGUUCGUAAAUAAUUAUGCAAUAUAUAUACAGCAGUAAUAUGCAAUCGUCACAAAAUCGUCUGAUGA